AUGCAGAAUGCGCCAGUUUCUCAGUCACAGAGUAAAACUCAUAUAUUAGAGACGCUGAAAGACAAAAAGGUCAAGCUAACAAAAGAUCCACCAAAGGCUUUUUAUCUCGCGUCUAAAAUAACGAAUUUAUCUACCAAAUCUGACUGCAGCAAAGCUAAUGUAAAUCUGUUUUCUAAUAAUGCACCAGCUUUAAAGCAGCGAGAACUAUCUCGACGCACCAAUUUAAGAUUAAAGUUUUCAUGCUUUAAGAGCAUUGACUCUGAAAAACCGUUUAUUCCCCACUUGACGCCUUUUACCAUAGCGCCUCGGCUACUAUCUACAUUAGAAGACAAUCCAUACAGAAAACGACUUCAGCGGGAAAUUGACGAAGCAUUUCAAGAUAUUAUAUCUAGUGCAAUAUGUUUAAAAAAAUAG